AUGGAUUCGACUGGAAUUCGAACUCGGCACUACGAUUCCUCAAUCUGCUAUCCAUUACUUCACCGUGCCUCCCUUAGUAGCAAAGUUAAAAGCGGUAGUUUUACAUGUCACUCCGCUUGUCUUAAUCUCUUUCUUUCCCCUCUUUCUCUCCUUCUCCCUUUCUUUCCAACGCUCCUCUUCCUCUCCAUUGAUCGCCACUUCUUCCCACCUCUCUCUCUCCCUCUCUAUCUCUCUCUCUCUCUCUCUCUCUCUCUCUCUUGGAUUUCGUUAUUUACUAUGCGUGGCACAUGUAGUUGGAGAGCCCUGAGUGAGGACCAAGCUCACUACACAAGUAAAUAUGUCUAUAAGAAAAGCAUUCUCACUUUUGGUGCUGCAGAAGAGGCUUCUUAUGGAUUGUGCAAGGCAUUUUUUUUAAAUAUAUUUAUGCGUGUCAUGUUUCUUUUCUCAUGUGAUUGCACAUGUAUUGGCUGUUUGAAGUUGAGAGGCAAAAGACGAGAAGGAUGA